AUGAAAAAAGCAUCAGUGACUUGUUUCAUUUCUGUUCUCGGUGUCAACAUUACUUCGAUGGAAAAAUUAGAACUCGCAACAUAUUGGAUCAAUCAGAUCUAUCCCGUUCUUCAAAUUUUCUUCGGUACAUUCGGAAAUCUACUCAACAUAAUCAUAUUCACUCGUCGUGAUUUACAUCAAAAUCCAUGUUCGUUAUAUUUCCUCAUUGGUUCGAUCAAUAAUUGUAUCGUAAUCGAUUUUGGUUUAUUGACACGUUAUCUUGCAAGUACGUGGAAUUGGGAUCCAUCGUUAACAAGUAAUGUUUAUUGUAAAAUACGUAAUCUUUUGGUUUAUGCUCCUUUGACCCUUUCUUUAUGGUUUAUUGUUCUUGCAAGUGUCGAUCGGUAUCUUUUGAGUUCACCAAUCGUACGAUUUCGUCGAUUGAGCAACUUGUCUAUGGCACGAAAGCUGAUUCUAAUCGUGACUUUAUCCAUAUUUUUGAGUUAUUUGCAUGUUCCGAUAUAUUUUCAAUUAGCUUUGACUCAAAAUGGGAUGAACUGUAACUUUUCUCCGUAUCAAUAUGUUUUAUUCUUGAGUUUUUUCGCUCCGAUUAUAUCUUGCGUGUUACCGAUACUGUUGAUGGGUAUUUUUGGUAUUUUAAUGAUUCAAAACAUUCGUUACAGUCAGAGACGAACUCAACGUUUACGUUCAGACGAUCGUCAAUUAAGUUUGAUGCUUUUAUUUCAAAUUUUAAUAACAACAGUCAUUUCCACACCGUACUUUGCCCUUGCUUUAUACAAUGCCAUUGCAAUUCUUAUGCUUCGNGCUCCGAUUAUAUCUUGCGUGUUACCGAUACUGUUGAUGGGUAUUUUUGGUAUUUUAAUGAUUCAAAACAUUCGUUACAGUCAGAGACGAACUCAACGUUUACGUUCAGACGAUCGUCAAUUAAGUUUGAUGCUUUUAUUUCAAAUUUUAAUAACAACAGUCAUUUCCACACCGUACUUUGCCCUUGCUUUAUACAAUGCCAUUGCAAUUCUUAUGCUUCGAUCGCAAUUCUCGCCUAUUGGACUGUCUGUUUAUAACUUUUCUUAUAAUCUUUUCCGAUUACUUUACUUCACGAAUCCUGUUCUCAGUUUCUAUAUUUACACAACCACAGGAGCAAAAUUUCGUCAAGAGCUCAAACGGUGUUUCCAGUAUGGCUUGAACAACUGUGUACCGCUUACAAUUCAACGAAGAUUGUUCAAUACAAAUGGGACUAAUGGCAUCGUCCCUAUCUGA